CGCAGCAUCGCCCGUUAAGGUCACCAUGGCUGACAGAGCUGCUGCUGAAAGGGCUUGUAAAGACCCCAACCCCAUCAUCGAUGGCAGGAAAGCCAACGUGAACCUGGCGUACCUGGGUGCCAAGCCGCGGAUAAUGCAGCCAGGUUUUGCCUUUGGUGUCCAGCAGCUUCAUCCAGCUCUCAUACAGAGGCCUUUUGGGAUACCUGCUCACUAUGUCUAUCCACAGGCUUUUGUGCAGCCCGGAGUGGUAAUUCCCCACGUUCAGCCCGCAGCAGCCGCUGCUUCCACUACACCCUACAUCGAUUACACCGGAGCUGCGUAUGCCCAGUACUCGGCUGCCGCCGCUGCCUAUGAGCAGUACCCGUACGCCGCCUCGCCAGCUGCCCCUGCCCGGGAC